GGAGCGCCGCGGCUGGCCGUGCUUCGGUAGGCAACGGGUCGGUGCUACCUGCCGCUGCUCGGCGUGUGCGUUGCACCGCGCGCGCCUCGCUGCUUCUUGUCUCCGUGUGGGUCCUGAUGAGCGGCAGGUGGUGAGGGACGCCGGGUAGGCGCGAUGAGUCUGUUCAACCUGGACCGCUUCCGCUAUGAGAAGAGGAGGACGAGCGCGGAGCAGGAUGGGCGGCCUGCUGCUGCAGCCCAGGCCCAGGAGGAGGGCAGCCCUGCUGCUGCAGCCCAGGCCCAGGAGGAGGGCAGCCCUGCUGCUGGAGCCCGGGCUCAGGAGGAGGGCAGCUCUGCUGCUGAUGGUGGUGGGAACAACACUGCAGGGAGCAGCAGGCCAGGCAGCCCAGCCUCGGUGGCAGCAGGGUUCUCCAGCAUCCCAGAAACUCCUGAAGCUGAGAGGACAAGGGAACUGUCUUAUUUCAAGCACCGAAGAGGGGUACAUUUCCUAGAUGUGUCUUCAGACAGUGAAGAUGAAGUACCAAGAAAAGUCAGUGCUUCAAAAGAAAACAAGGCUCCAAGGAAAGACGUGAUUUUAAUCUCAGAAGAUUCAUCAGAGGAUGACCAGCCUGUGUAUCAGCUACAGAAGGCGGCUCACAUGAACAAUGGGAACCAACUAGUUGACUUGCAGGAAGAUGCAGAGGAAGACAUCAGAAAUGCAAAGCUACAAACACUGAAGGAACUUUUUCCCCAGAGGAGUGACCAGGAUUUGUUACAAUUGGUAAAAUCAACGUGCUCAAUGGAUGAAGCAAUAGCUGCUUGUUUGAAGUUCAAUGAUGAAGCUGCCUCUCGUAAAAGGAGACUAAAUGAUUCUCACAUAAAUGGCAAAGAGAGUGAUAAGCAUAUGACAAAAAAGCCAAAAGUUGAUUAUCUGGAUGGGUCAAAGUCUGAAAUACAGUGGGAGAGGCAAGAGAUGCUUGUAGAGAAGCUGCAAAACACAUUCCCUGGCAUGGAUAAGGAGGAACUUAGAGAUGUACUUCGGGAACAUAACUGGGUGUUUCAUGAAGCACGAGAGGCCCUGAGAGUUUUUGCAGAAGACAAUGAUGGCGUGGGAUUUCCUUCCCCAAGUGAAGUUUCUAACUGGACUGAAGUCUCUGCAAAUAGCAGAAGUGAUAAGAAGAAAGUGCAGCAGAAACGGAAAUUUUCUGGGAAAGAGCAGAACUGCCUUAGGAAAAAGCAUAAAGCCAAAGCAAAUGUUUGGAGCACUAAAACAGAAGUACAAGACUCAGAGGACGAAUCAGCUGCCGAAGAUGGCGGUAGCUCUCUUGAUGAGGACUAUGGCAGUGGCGAUGAAGUGGUGGAGAGUGUUUACAAAAGUAAAAUCCUUAGCUUUCUGCAGGAUGCUUCCCCGAGUGAACUCACUAUGAUCCCCCAGUGUUCUGAGAAAAAGGUUCAGAAGAUAAUAGCACUCCGGCCCUUUAAUAGUUGGGAAGCUCUGCUUUCAAAAAUAACUAAGACUGCUGGCUUGUCAGAAGACAUUGUGUGGAACUGCAAGACCCUGCUGAAGGAGAGAGAUGUGGUUCUCAAGCUCAUGAAUAAAUGUGAAGAAAUUUCAAAUAAACUGACAAAACAAGUAACCAAGAUUACAGAAGAUGGAGGAUGCAGGUGGAACGUAGAGCAACCCUCCGUUCUGAAUCAGAGUUUGGAACUCAAGCCGUACCAGAAAAUUGGUUUAAACUGGUUAGCACUUCUUCAUAAACAUGGAUUGAAUGGUAUUUUGGCUGAUGAAAUGGGCUUAGGAAAAACAAUUCAAGCUAUUGCAUUUCUUGCCCAUAUCUACCAAGAAGGUGAUAGAGGUCCGCAUUUGAUAGUUGUGCCAGCUUCAACAUUAGAUAACUGGAUAAGAGAAGUUAACCUGUGGUGUCCUGAACUGAAUGUCCUUUUUUACUAUGGAUCCCAGGAAGAUAGGAAACAUCUCCGGGCAGACAUUAGUAACAGAGUUGUAGAUUUCAAUGUCAUUGUAACUACCUAUAACUGUGCAAUUAGCAGCUCAGACGAUCGAAGUCUGUUUCGCAAGGUGAAGCUUAACUAUGCAAUUUUUGAUGAAGGUCAUAUGCUCAAGAACAUGAGCUCUGUACGCUACCAGCAGCUUAUGAGAAUUAAUGCAAAGCAUCGCUUACUGCUAACAGGAACUCCAGUUCAGAAUAACCUGUUGGAAUUGAUGUCUCUCUUGAAUUUUGUUAUGCCACAUAUGUUCAGUAGCAGCACAAGUGAAAUCCGAAGGAUGUUCUCUUCAAAAGCAAAGACUGCUGAAGAGCAAAGCACGUAUGAAAAGGAAAGGAUUGCACAUGCAAAGCAGAUAAUAAAACCAUUCAUCUUGAGAAGAGUAAAAGAUGAGGUCCUUAAACAACUACCUCCCAAAAAAGAUCAUAUUGAAUUAUGUGCCAUGUCUGAGAAGCAAGAGCAACUAUACUGUGAUCUCUUAAACAAACUGAAGAAAACUAUGAAGGGUAACGAGAAAAAUUCUGAUAUGGGAAAUGCAAUGAUGCAACUUAGAAAAAUGGCUAAUCACCCUCUCUUACAUCGUCACUAUUACACAGCUGACAAACUCAAGACAAUGUCCAAACUUAUGCUCAAGGAACCCACACAUUGUGAUGCUAAUCCUGACCUUAUCUUUGAAGAUAUGACAGUAAUGACAGAUUUUGAACUGCAUUUGCUUUGUAAGCAAUAUUCUCAUGUCAGUGACUUCAAGUUAGACAUGGAUCAGAUUUUGGAUUCGGGAAAGUUUAGAGUAUUGGAACGCCUUCUAUCUGACCUUAAAGAGAAGGGUGACAGAGUUGUGUUGUUUAGCCAGUUUACAAUGGUACUGGAUAUCUUGGAAGUUUUCCUAAAACAUUGGCAACACAGAUAUAUUAGGUUGGAUGGAAAAACGCAGAUUUCUGACAGGAUACAUUUAAUAGAUGAGUUCAAUACAGAUAUGGAUAUAUUUGUGUUCCUCCUGUCAACCAAAGCUGGUGGCUUGGGAAUCAAUCUGACCUCAGCAAAUGUUGUUAUUCUUCACGACAUUGAUUGCAAUCCAUACAAUGAUAAGCAAGCGGAAGAUCGAUGCCAUAGAGUAGGUCAGACAAGAGAAGUAAAAGUCAUAAAGCUGAUCAGUAAAGGGACUAUUGAAGAAUCCAUGCUCAAAAUGAACCAGCAGAAGUUGAAGUUAGAACAAGAUAUGACUGCAGCAGAUUUGGGAGAAGAAGGGGCCAUUCCAGCAGAUAUAGCCACGUUAUUGAAAGCCUCAUUAGGUCUCUAAAAUGUAAAUAUGUGGAAUUUAAGGAAGAAAUGUAAUGCCAUGCCCCCCAGGGACUCUUAUGUUAUUGAUGGCCAUGAGUUUUUUGAAGUUUUAUAACUUUUUGUAGUUUCUUCAUUUUAUUGCUCAUGGUAUUGACAAUUUUUAACACUGGUAGCAUUCUUUCGAUGCUUGAAAACAUAAACAGUACCAACAUCAGAUGCUGAAGAAACAUUAUUUUACAGGACGUUUUUCAAAAUGGGGACCUAUGUAGUAAUUGUUUUAACAAAUCUGCUACUGCUUAAGAUUUGUCAGUAUUUUUGUAAUUAUUUCUACCUCCAGACGUAUAAAUAAACUGUCUGUUUCACUGGAUUAUGCUUGUAGAUUUCUUUUAUAUGUGCCUUAUUUGACAAUGCUUAAGUCUGUUUCUGCUUGUUCUGGUUCAUUUGAUGUACUGUCUUGGUUUUGUAUCAAUUUGUUCAAAUAAAAUUCCAUACAUUA